AUGCCUCCCCUCCCUGGUUUCUCCGACAACACCUUCCGAACCCGCGAUGACUUCGUCCGCGCUGCGUUUGCCCUCAUCAAACCUCUUGAUCAAUACAAAUCCCCACAGAAUGCGCGCAUAAAAAUCGCGACGUCGACAGGGGCCGGCUUCAGCGAGACAGCUGCACAACUCGAAGGGUUCGCACGACCACUCUGGGUCGUAGCUGAUCUGCUGCGCUCCGAUCGUGAUUCCGUACAGCUUAAGACCUGGAUCGACGGUAUCAAAGCUGGCACAGAUCCACGUUCGCCGGAGUACUGGGGUGAUCUCAGCAGUUUUGACCAGCGAAUGGUUGAAAUGGAAUCGAUCGCAUAUGCUCUAUUGUCCAAUCCCAUCGCAUUCGGCUUCAACGAUGACCAUGUGGCGAGGAAUAAUUUAGCCAGCUGGCUGAGCCAGAUCAAUGACCACAACAUACCGCAGAGCAAUUGGCUGUGGUUCCGGGUCUUGGUCAAUCUUGCUCUGACAAGGGUACUGAACGUUCCGCUGGCUGAGCUCAAGCAUAAUAUUGACGAAAGUCUCCAAACACUUGAUACUUUCUACCUUGGCGAAGGGUGGAGCAGCGACGGACUCUGGUGUGACGAGCGGAAGCAAGCAGACUACUAUUCUGGGAGUUAUGCGAUCCAGUUCGCGCAGCUACUGUUCGUAAAAUUUGCACCCGACUACGAUGAAGAGAGGACAGUCAGGUACACAGAGCAGGCGAAUCAAUUUGCAAGGACGUAUUGGCGGUACUUCGGACCCAGUGGAGCUGCCAUACCGUUUGGCAGGAGUUUGACGUAUCGUUUCGCGUUCGCAGCAUUCUGGGCCGCGGUCGUGGCCGCGGACGUUUAUAUAUCUGCGCCGCUUGAUCAGCUAAGCGUGGUGAAGGGUUUGUUGGGAAGACAUCUCCGGUGGUGGGCACAGAAACCGCACAUCUUCAACGCCGACGGGACGCCGAACAUUGGGUACACGUAUCCGAAUAUGUAUCUUGCCGAAGACUACAACUCUCCGCAGUCAGUAUAUUGGUGUCUGAAGUCUCUCAUAGUUCUCGGUAUUCCAGAGGACCACCCUUUCUGGAGCUGUGAAGAACUGCCGUGCCCAACCCCUGAUGCCACCAAACAAGUUGAAAGAGUCUGGCCGCCCCGACACGUAUUAUGCAACACUUUUGAGCAUCACUUCCUCUUAUCUUCCGGCCAGUCAACCCGUAAGAAAUUCAAAGCGAGAGAAGCGAAAUACGGCAAAUUCGCGUAUUCCUCCGCAUUCGGGUUCAGCGUUCCGUGCGGUCCAUUCCUCGAGCAGAUCGCGUCGGACUCAACAUUAGCGGUGAGUCUGGACGACGGAGAAGAAAGCUGGAAAGUAAGACGGGACCCAUACGAUGUUUCCGCAGCUAUUUUCAUAGUCGGCAAUGAGGAAGUGUCUACUUUGGCCAGUACGUGGCGUCCUUGGGAAAGGGAGGAGUUGACGGUCAGAACCACGCUGGUACCACCGGUAAAGAGGUGGCCGGGGUGGCAUGUUAGGAUCCACCACGUUGAGUGGCGGCCCAGGGUGGAUUGCUUCCCGCUGAGACUGGUCGACGGUGGUUUUGCAGCGUCGGCGCAGACUUCGAAUGAUUUCUCGAUCUUCGAGACACCGGUUAAGGAUAUGAGAAAGCUUUUGGAAACUGCCCAGGGGUGGUAUAAAAGCGGCAGCUCUGCAUUGGUCAUAUCAGAGUCAGGCGCUAGUGGUGUUGUUGACCUGACCGCUCAGUUCCUCACCGAAGAAAAUCGGGAGAUUGCGCGUGAGGCCAAGGGCGAGGCAUCGAUCGUCCGCGCAGACCCAAACACCAACCUCAUCGUACAGCGAAGUCUGAUUCCGACGGUCUGUCACAAGUUACCAAGAAGUUCAGCCAGCGACAAGCCCAUUGGGUAUACCUUCAUUACAGGUAUCUUUGCUGUCGAGGCUUUUGCAAAUAAAACUCUGGACGACACCCAGCGAUUGUGGAAUGACAGACCGAAUGGACGUAUUGAUGGCGAAAGUGUCGAGUUCAACGCCUAG